CUCGGUCUGUCUGCGGAGAGUCUUCGGUAUGGACUUAAGCUUGACUCCACAACUUUUCACCGGAGAUUUUACCCCUGCAUUUUUUCAUUUGAGAUUAUUUAUAUAAUUAGAAAAUGGAUUUCUGAACGGAAUAAGCCAAAGCUGAGCCCUGCGUGAGUUAAACCGACAGUUUUAAACCAUUUUUUUUGUGUUGCACAAGUUGUUGAAGGAAGAGGGAAAAUGCCAGUUGCAACUCUUUUGCCUUUUACCGCUACCCCGAACAGAAAGUCUACCAGCCCGACUUCUUUCAGGUUGACAGAGAAAUUUAUUUUAUUAUUAGUGUUCAGCGCUUUUAUCACCUUGUGUUUCGGGGCUAUUUUCUUCCUACCGGACUCGUCAAAGCUGCUAAGCGGAGUUUUCUUCCAUUCUCCCCCGGUUGAGACAAACACCCGCACCGGUCCAGACAGCAGCGACUUCGGUUCUGCUGGGAACGACGACAGGGUCCUGGCUAAAAUAAGAAAAGACCACGAAAAAGCGCUGCUGGAAGCUAAGGAUAUUCUACAAAAGCUGCCUGACGAAAUACAAGUGAAUAUUAUGAUUGAUAAGGGGAAAGUUAUUGACAGUAUGGGUCAAGGUGGAAAUGAUGUCAAUCAUUUACCUUUCAUUGAGUACCACCGCCCGCCGGGGGCGACAGGACACGAACCUCUAAACCCCGAAACCAGGGAGCGACGGGCUAAAAUCAAAGAGAUGAUGAAGCACGCGUGGGACAGCUACAGACGCUAUGCUUGGGGUUCCAAUGAGCUCAGACCGGUCUCCAAGCAAGGCCACUCCAGCAAUCUAUUUGGGAGCAUAAAAGGAGCGACGAUAGUGGAUGCUCUGGACACCCUCUAUAUUAUGGAAAUGUUCGAAGAGUUUGAUGCUGCUACUGACUGGGUAGAGAAGAACCUUGACUUCAAUGUGAAUGCAGAAAUCUCCGUGUUUGAGGUGAACAUCCGGUUUGUCGGAGGCCUGCUGUCUGCCUACUACCUGUCUGGAAAAGAGGUGUUUCGUAGAAAGGCGGUGGAGCUGGGUGAGAAGCUGCUGCCAGCCUUCAGAACACCCACUGGGAUCCCCUGGGCUCUGCUCAACCUCAAGAGUGGUGUUGGUAGAAACUGGCCAUGGGCAUCAGGUGGAAGCAGCAUCCUGGCAGAAUAUGGCACCCUGCAUUUGGAGUUCAUGCAUCUCAGCAAACUCUCAGGAAACCCAGAGUUUGCACAAAAGGUGAUGAACAUCAGGAAAGUCCUUAAUCGUCUGGACAAGCCUCAGGGGCUCUACCCCAACUACCUGAACCCCAACAGCGGCCAGUGGGGCCAGCAUCACGUGUCUGUGGGUGGUCUGGGAGACAGUUUCUAUGAAUACCUGCUCAAGGCCUGGCUGAUGUCUGACAAGACGGACGAGGAGGGAAAGAAGAUGUACUAUGAUGCCCUGCAGGCCAUUGAAACCAACCUGAUAAGGAAGUCUAGCAGCGGGCUGACCUACAUAGCGGAGUGGAAGGGAGGGCUGCUGGAGCAUAAGAUGGGCCACCUGACGUGUUUUGCAGGUGGUAUGAUCGCUUUAGGAGCUGACGGGGCACCCAGCGAUAAGACGGGCCACCAGAUGGAGCAGGCAGCAGAGAUCGCUCGCACCUGUCACGAGUCCUACGCCAGGACCACUUUGAAGUUGGGUCCAGAGGCGUUUCGUUUCGACGGUGGGGUUGAGGCCAUCGCCACCCGCCAGAACGAGAAGUAUUUCAUCCUCCGCCCUGAGGUCAUUGAGACCUACAUGUACAUGUGGAGGUUCACCCAUGACCCCAAAUACAGAGAGUGGGGCUGGGAGGCUGUUCAGGCUUUGGAGCAGCACUGCAGAGUAGAAGGAGGCUACAGCGGCAUCAGAGACGUCUACACCUCGUCUCCAAAUCACGACGACGUUCAGCAGAGCUUCUACUUGGCCGAGACGCUUAAGUAUCUCUACCUGCUCUUCUCCGAUGACGACCACCUACCGUUCGACCACUGGGUCUUCAACACCGAGGCCCACCCUCUGCCGGUCAUCAGGAAGGAUAAAACAGACAGACCCAACGAAGUGGAGUAGCGGACAUCCAGAAAGCAGUGAGAUUUCUGUAAAUCUGAGCCUCCAGCUGUCUGUAUGAAACUAUUUAACCUUUUGGAGCCCACCGUGGCUUCAGAUGCCUCCUGAUUGGAUUUUAAUUUAUAUUUUUUGAUGGGAUAUAAAUGGAGUUUGAACCUGUUGGAGCUGAGUUUUUACUGUAGUUCCAUUUUUUUUUUUUUUCUCCUUUCUUUUUCUUUGUGGAAGGCUCUCUGCUGGACGAGCUGAUCUGCAGCAACAGAUUUACUGCUGAAUAACAGGAGAGCUCAUGGAAAUGUGGAUCUGACGUGUUUCUGUGUUUCAUUUUCCUCUCGCUCAGAGCAACAGUCUGAGCAGCUUUCACCUUUUUCAUCGCUGGCUUCCCCGUUUGUAGCUACAACUCCGUUGUUUGUUUGUCGUGACGGAGAAAGCUGCCAUCUCCCUAAAGUCUCAGACCGAAACUCCAACUCUUUACGAAGGAAGACGAGGGUGGUGCGCUGGACUCAUUUCUCUUCGUAGUUUUUCUUCUUCUUCUUCUGAAUAGGAAGCAGUUUUCUGGCUGCCACCCCUGGUUGUAAAAACGUUCGGAGUUUUUUCGGAAAAGGCGCAACACAACUGGAGCCUCUUUUUCCAACCUUGCCCUGAACUUGAGCAGUCACCUCCUCUCACUUAUUUCUUCUUCUUCUGCUCUUUUUCUGUGUCUUUGGCUUCUGUCUUUAACUGGAUUUAUUUCUCUUCCUCACCUGGGUUCAACCAGUACAGAUAUUUUUCAAGCUGAUGACUUUUUUUUUCCUGCUGAUGCUUGUUUACCAGGUUUUAGUCUCAAUUUUUUAAGUUUUUCUUCAUUUAUUUUACAAAAAUAACAUAUUUACUAUGCUUAAAGGGUUUUAAAGCAAAUUAGGGAACAAAAAAAGAGAAGAUUUAUGUUUUAAAAGUCUUGCUUUUGUUUUAGAAAUAUUAAACAAAAAUGCUGCAAGUGUAGGGACCCUUCCAGUUAAGCUAUUUAUGUAGUUUCCAUUGUAUCGGGCGAACCCUCCUCUUGUUUCAGUCCUCCACGUCCAGCAUCAGGCAGGAUGAAGGAUCUUCUCCUCUAUGAGGACAACACACACACACACA